AUACAGGCACCUGCUGACGGCAGCCGCAUGGUGCGGGGUCCUGACGCACACCCCGCCUUCCGCCUCCUGCCGGAAGUGGAGGUUGCGCGCUCAUUUGACUUUGGUCGCUGCCGAGAGAAGCCAUUGUUGCCCCGCCCCCUCCCGCAAGAGCAGUGCCGGCCAUGGCAGAGAACGACGUGGAUAAUGAGCUCCUGGACUAUGAGGAUGAUGAGGUGGAGAACGCAGGCGCAGGCGACGGCGUGGAUGUGCCCUCCAAAAAGGACGUCAAGGGCUCCUACGUCUCCAUCCACAGCUCCGGCUUCCGUGACUUCUUGCUAAAGCCCGAGCUGCUCCGCGCCAUCGUCGACUGCGGCUUUGAGCACCCCUCUGAAGUGCAGCAUGAGUGCAUCCCACAGGCCAUCCUGGGCAUGGACGUGCUCUGCCAGGCUAAAUCAGGCAUGGGCAAAACAGCCGUCUUCGUGCUGGCCACGUUGCAGCAGCUGGAGCCUGUCACGGGGCAGGUGUCGGUGCUGGUGAUGUGCCACACGCGGGAGCUGGCAUUCCAGAUCAGCAAAGAAUACGAACGCUUCUCCAAGUACAUGCCCAGCGUAAAGGUGGCAGUGUUUUUUGGGGGCCUGUCCAUCAAGAAGGACGAGGAGGUGCUGAAGAAGAACUGCCCGCACAUUGUGGUGGGGACUCCGGGCCGGAUCCUGGCCCUGGCGCGGAACAAGAGCCUCAACCUCAAACACAUCAAGCAUUUCAUCCUGGACGAGUGUGACAAGAUGCUGGAGCAACUCGAUAUGCGCCGGGAUGUCCAGGAGAUCUUCCGCAUGACCCCGCAUGAAAAGCAGGUCAUGAUGUUCAGCGCCACCCUGAGCAAGGAAAUCCGCCCCGUGUGCCGCAAAUUCAUGCAAGACCCCAUGGAGAUCUUCGUGGAUGAUGAGACGAAGCUGACACUGCAUGGGCUGCAGCAGUACUAUGUCAAACUGAAGGACAAUGAGAAGAACCGCAAGCUCUUCGAUCUCCUCGACGUCCUUGAAUUCAACCAGGUGGUGAUCUUCGUGAAGUCCGUGCAACGCUGCAUUGCCCUAGCACAGCUGCUGGUGGAGCAGAACUUCCCAGCCAUUGCCAUCCACCGCGGCAUGCCCCAGGAGGAGAGGCUGUCACGGUACCAGCAGUUCAAGGACUUCCAGCGUCGCAUCUUGGUAGCCACCAACUUGUUUGGGCGGGGGAUGGACAUUGAGCGCGUGAACAUCGCCUUCAACUACGACAUGCCCGAGGAUUCGGACACCUAUCUGCACCGGGUGGCACGUGCUGGACGCUUCGGCACCAAAGGCCUGGCCAUCACCUUUGUGUCGGACGAGAAUGAUGCUAAGAUCCUGAAUGAUGUCCAGGAUCGCUUUGAGGUGAACAUCAGCGAGCUUCCCGAUGAGAUCGACAUCUCCUCCUACAUUGAGCAGACCCGAUAAGGCCCCCACUGGAACGGCCCCGGCUCUUUUUUGAUGGUCUUUAACCUCCCUGUCCCUGUUGGACCCCCAGCACCGAGAGGGGGGCACCCAGGCUGGGCAGGGGACAGAAGAGAUUGCUCUCCCCCCACCCCCCCAGAGCUCCUGUUGUGGCAAACUGGGAAUUUUGUUUUUAUAGAAAAGAGAAAUACUCCAAAA